AUGGAGAUGCAACACCACUCUCCUCCGCCGGAGCCCAUACCCGACCCGCCCAGCACCACCCGGGUCGCCUACAGCGGACCUCUAGUAACGACAACCACAAAAAAAUCCAGCAGCAGCAGGAAGAAGAGCGCCAGGUUCAAGGACCAAUUAGUAGUUGACAACGACGACCAACAGUACGUGGAGAUCACGCUCGACAUCCGCCACGACGCCGUUUCGGUCCACGACAUCAAAGGCCGGGACCCGGAGACCGCCUUGCUGGCCGCUCAGCUGGGGUCGCCGGCCAAUCGGCCCCAGAUCACGCUCGGCUCCCAGCUCUCGUUCCGCCUCCGCCAGGUCUCUCGGGAGCUGAAGCGGAUGGCUUCCUCCAACCGGGGUUUCGACCGGGCCAAAUCCGGCGCCGCCAGGGCGCUCAAGGGGCUCAAGUUCAUAUCCAAGAACGUCGGCGGCGCCGGGUGGGUGGAUGUCGAGAACCGGUUCGAUGACCUGGCCAUUGACGGGUCGCUGCCCAGGACCCGGUUCGCCCAAUGCAUAGGGAUGAAGGAAUCGGGGGCAUUCGCCGGCGAGUUGUUCGACGCGCUGGCACGGAGACGAGGGAUCACGUCGGCGACCAUAAGCAAGGCGGAGCUGCAUGAGUUCUGGGAGCAGAUUAACGACCAGAGCUUCGAUGCCAGGCUCCAGAUUUUCUUCGACAUGGUGGAUAAAAAUGCUGAUGGCAGGAUCACAGAAGAGGAGGUGAAAGAGAUUAUUUCUCUAAGUGCUUCUGCCAACAAGCUAUCCAAGAUUCAGGACCGAGCAGAAGAAUACGCAGCCUUGAUCAUGGAGGAGCUGGACCCUGACAAUCUGGGCUACAUUGAGUUGUACAACUUGGAGACACUACUUCUCCAAGCCCCAGCCAAAUCAACAAACCUAGCCACAGACAGUCGGGUCCUGAGCCAGAUGUUGAGCCAGAAGCUGGUCCGAACUAAAGAUCGCAACCCGAUCAAGCGAUGCUACAACGGGCUAGCUUACUUCGUCCUGGACAACUGGAAGAGGAUCUGGAUCGUGGCCCUGUGGCUAGCCAUCUGCGCGGGCCUGUUCGCGUGGAAGUUCACCCAGUAUAGGCGUCGGGCCGUGUUCGACGUCAUGGGCUACUGCGUCUCGGUGGCCAAAGGCGGCGCCGAGACAACCAAGUUCAACAUGGCCCUGAUCCUGCUGCCCGUGUGCAGGAACACCAUCACAUGGCUCAGGAGCAGGGCCGUGCUGGGGAAGGUGGUCCCCUUCGACGACAACAUCAACUUCCACAAAGUGGUCGCCGCGGGGAUCGCGCUCGGGGUGGGCCUCCAUGCGAUCUCCCACCUCACGUGCGACUUCCCGAGGCUGCUCCGCGCCACGGACGAGGAGUACGAGCCCAUGAAGCCCUUUUUCGGGGAGGACAGGCCAAAUAACUACUGGUGGUUCGUGAAAGGAACGGAGGGCUGGACCGGCGUUGUGAUGGUUCUACUCAUGGUUGUGGCUUACAUUUUGGCCCAGCCGUGGUUUCGUCGCAACCGGGUUCGUAACCUUCCGAAGCCUAUGAAGAGGUUGACUGGGUUCAAUGCCUUUUGGUACUCGCAUCACUUGUUUGUCCUUGUCUAUGCCCUCUUCAUCGUUCAUGGUUACUAUCUCUACCUAUCCAAAGAUUGGUACAAGAAAACGACAUGGAUGUACGUCACGAUUCCGAUGGGAUUGUAUGCUUGCGAGCGUCUAGUUCGUGCUUUCAGAUCUGGGUACAAGUCAGUCAAGAUUCUAAAGUUUGCGGUGUACCCGGGAAAUGUUCUCGCUCUCCAAAUGUCCAAACCUCAAGGAUUUCAUUAUAGUAGUGGACAAUACGUGUUUGUCAAUUGUGCUGCAGUUUCUCCCUUUGAAUGGCAUCCAUUUUCAAUCACUUCAGCACCAGGAGAUGAUUACCUCAACAUCCACAUCCGCACACUGGGAGAUUGGACAGGGCAGCUCAAAUCCGUCUUUGCCGAGGUUUGCCAACCACCAUCCGCAAAUCAAAGCGGGCUCUUGAGAUCCGACCCAUCAUCAUCCAGGCCCAGAAUGCCCAAACUCCUUUUAGACGGGCCGUACGGGGCCCCGGCCCAAGACUACAAAAACUACGACGUCCUUCUCCUAGUAGGAUUAGGAAUCGGCGCCACCCCUUUAAUCAGCAUCGUCAAGGACGUCCUCAACAACAUCAAGCAGGGGAAAGAAAUCGAAGAAGGAGGAGCAAUGGAGAACAAUGGCCACAAAAGGAAUCAACCUUUCGCGACUCAAAAGGCUUACUUUUAUUGGGUGACCCGAGAGCAGGGCUCGUUCGAGUGGUUCCGCGGUGUGAUGAACGAGGUGGCAGAUCACGACCAUGACAAGGUGAUCGAGCUCCACAACUACUGCACCAGCGUGUACGAGGAAGGGGACGCGCGCUCCGCUCUGAUCACGAUGUUGCAGUCGAUCCAGCAUGCCAAGAGCGGGGUAGAUGUGGUCUCGGAGACGAGGGUGAAGACCCAUUUCGCCCGGCCCGACUGGAGGAAGGUGUUCAAGCGGGUUGCCAUGAACCAUCCAGACCAGAGAGUCGGGGUGUUUUAUUGCGGGGCGCCUGGAUUGACUGGAGAGUUGAGGAAAUGGGCUCGGGAAUUUUCCAGGAAUACAUCUACCAAGUUUGAUUUCCAUAAGGAGAACUUUUAGCUACUAAGAGGGUCGAUGUGUCU